GUGCCUGCGGUCAAAGCCACCCCGGGCUCAUCAUUGCAGCGUCUGCAAGCAAUGCGUGAUGAAGAUGGACCACCAUUGUCCUUGGAUCAACAACUGUGUUGGUUUCAACAACUACAGAUACUUUUGCCUCUUCAUGCUCUAUCUGGCCUUGGGAUGCUUGUACGUGGUCAUUCUUGGCUAUCGGCUUUUCUUGCAGUCGGUGGCACCCAUCAGGAAGAGACCUCCCAACUUUCGCUUUGCGGAUGCGCAGUGUAUCUCGCUCUCCUGGCUGAUCUCCUUGUGCAUCUUCCUGGCGCUGUGUCUUCUUGGUGGGUUUCACGCGUACUUGGUGGUGACGAACCAGACAACCAUCGAGUUCCAUAUCAACAUGGGCAACCGACAUGCUGCAAAACGAAAGGGAGAAGUCUACAGGAAUCCGUAUGAUCUAGGCCACUCUCGGAACUUUCAGGAGGUCUUUGGACCAAACCGGUUUCUUCAUUUCCUUUGGAUGAUGCCCUAUCUGGCCAAGAGGCCAGGGUGCGGUAUCGUCUCCGUGUUUCAUUGGUGGACCAACUGCAGGAUGGAAGAAAUUGGUUGCCGGAGGUGGCACCUUACAUGA